GGAGCGAAACACAGUAACACGCACGAAUAAAGAAUAAUCUGGUUAACGUAGCGAUGAUAUUGAUACGCAAAACCCGAGCAAUGACAUGUUUAUUUCUUAGCCAGUUAAUCCCUCUUGCUCUCACUCAGCGCAAUAACUCUUCUUCCAUUUCCAAUUCAUCUCGCUUUCUCUACAACUCCCUCCCCUCAAAAGCCUGGGGUUCUACUUGUCCAAUUCCGCGUCCUGAAUUUUGUUCGAGUUCUGUAAUUCGUUUCUCCAGUUCAAAAUCAAGCGAACCGACUAGAGAAAUGCAGAGCAUUCAAAAUCCAGAGUCUAUAUCCUACCUCAGGCAGCGUGAAGCUGCGGAGAUUGAUGAGAUGCUCAUGGGACCUCUCGGAUUUAGCGUGGAUCAAUUGAUGGAAUUGGCUGGUUUGAGCGUUGCUACUUCCAUAGAGGAGGUUUACAAACCGAGCGAGUAUAAUCGUGUUCUUGCUAUAUGCGGUCCUGGGAAUAAUGGUGGUGAUGGUUUGGUAGCUGCUCGCCAUCUGCAUCACUUUGGAUACAAGCCAGUUAUUUGCUAUCCAAAGCGUACUGCCAAACAACUUUACACUGGUCUGGUCACUCAGCUGGAGUCGCUGUCAGUCCCCUUCUUGGCAGUGGAAGAUCUGCCUUUGGACUUGUCAAAGGACUUUGACAUUCUAGUUGAUGCAAUGUUUGGGUUCUCAUUUCAUGGUGCCCCAAGGCCACCUUUUGAUGAUCUAAUCCAAAAGUUGGUUUACUUGCAUAAGUGCAAUGAAGUUCAUGAAAAGCGUUCAGUUGUUGUCUCCAUAGAUAUUCCAUCUGGAUGGCAUGUUGAAGAAGGUGAUGUUGGUGGUGAGGGAAUUAAACCUGACAUGUUGGUCUCUUUGACUGCUCCAAAGUUGUGUGCAAAGAAAUUUUCUGGUCCGCACCACUUUCUAGGUGGUAGGUUUAUCCCACCAAUUAUUGUUGAGAAAUUUAAGUUGCAUCUUCCACCAUAUCCUGGUACGUCUAUGUGUGUCCGAAUUGGAAAACCUCCACAAAUUGAUAUGUCAGCUCUGAGAGAGAACUAUAUUUCUCCUGAAUUCCUUGAGGAGCAGGUGGAGGCUAACCCCAUCGAUCAGUUCCGUAAAUGGUUUGAUGAUGCUGUGGUUGCUGGAUUAAAAGAGCCAAAUGCUAUGUGCUUGUCAACUGUUGGAAAGGAUGGAAAACCCUCAUCAAGAAUGGUAUUGUUGAAAGGAGUUGAUAAGGAUGGGUUUGUCUGGUUCACCAAUUAUGAAAGUCGAAAGGCACAUGAAUUAUCAGAAAAUCCUCGAGCAGCACUCCUUUUCUACUGGGAUGGUCUUAAUCGGCAGGUAAGAGUGGAAGGAUCUGUGCAGAAAGUCUCUGAUGAGGAAUCUGAAAAAUACUUCCAUAGCCGCCCUCGAGGAAGUCAGAUUGGAGCAAUAGUUAGCAAACAGAGUAGUAUAGUUCCUGGAAGACAUGUUCUACACCAACAAUACAAAGAGUUAGAAGAGAAGUUUUCUAACAUAAGUUUGAUCCCAAAACCUAAGCACUGGGGAGGAUACAGGCUUGAACCAGAGCUUUUUGAGUUUUGGCAAGGACAGCAGUCUCGCUUGCACGACAGGUUGCAAUAUGUUCCUCAAGAGAUCAAUGGGAAACAAGUAUGGAAAAUUGUGCGGUUGGCUCCCUGACUAGUACUUUCAGCUUCUUCAUUGUGAAGUUCAUGAUUUGUUGCAUUCGAGGAGUGCAUUCAGCCAUAAGCAUAAUAAAUUGCAACUCGAUGAGGAAGCAGAAUAACUGAAAUAUGAUUAUGGAUAUGGUUUUGUGCAGGUAUAAGCUUUUAGGUGAAUAGCUAGAGGGUUGGGUUUGGGAUUACAGUCUAUUGAAAGAGCAAUUACGGAUAAUAACACAGUGAAGGACGAAAGAUGUGCCAAAGGUAGUGGAUGGUAUCAUUUAGGUUGUUGCUUCUGCUAUUAUUUACUGUCUGCAGCCUGCAGAUUAAAGAUUUUAACAUGAUUUCAAAGAAAUGGUUUGAACUAUUCUUAAUAUAUUAGAAAUUAUAAUUGCUUGAAAACUA